AGUGUUAACAAUAGGAGAAUGGAGCUUGCAGUGUCAAAGCUCGAGCCUGCAAGUCGUGGGCCGUGGCCAAUGCGAAUAUUAUAGGACUUCAUUGUUGAGUGUGUAUUAAACGUCGAGCAGAACAAACGAUAACUGAAAAAUUAAGAGAGAGAGUAUAGAGCAGCAUAGAGCAACAUAUGACGACAGCUCCGUGAACUCGGUGCCCUGGACCCCCCUGCAGGGAACAUAGAGCCAUGUCUACACAUGGAGAAUGGGCUCAAUUGCUUCGGUGCUGCAGUGGCAUUGCUCGGAGUGCUCUCUGAUAAAUCCAACGGAGGCUCCCCAAUGUGCGCGCUGUGGCCAGUCACGCCUGAAGAGCGAUGAAAAAAUUGCGCCAAAUUAUCUCCUCCUUCGCGAUUCCCUGACCCAGUGCUCGGCCAACCCGAGGCCGACGAUCGACGCCAACAGCAAGAGGAAACAAAAGAAGACAAGAAACAGUAAGUCCCGCUCGUCCUCGACCUCUUCAUCGUCAUCCGCGUCAUCAUCGUCCUCGGGAUCCUCCAGUACUCCACCUACACCACCUCCAAGGUAUCACAGUCGAGGUUCUACCAGUUGCAACAACUCCGCAACUGCCAGUGCCUCGGCAACCCUCGAACCACCAAAGAAAGUACCUUUCAUUGUUAGCCUGCCAUCCACCUCACCAGCUGUACAAAAGAACCAGUACGAGAUCUUUCUUUUACUAAGUCACAAGCAAAACGAUUUGGAUCCCUGUAGUGUUGCAAAAAAGCGCAGAGGCUCCUGGUCGAAUGCAAACGAAAGCAAUGAGGCGCGUCUAACGAAAGCCUCGUCGUUGCCGUCGCUGGUGACCCAGUGGACAUGCAUUCGCUGCUUACAGGAUAACCGGUGCCGUGCAGUACCCAAUUGCACGGCUUGCGGCGCCAGCUCCUCGAUAACCGAGACUCAGAGAGUUGGUGUGAGGAAGUGCCGGAGACUGAAUACUAGGAGAAGCAACGUGCCUAAAGCUGCUACUGCUGCACGACUGGAUCUAGUAACAAGGGUGACGACUGGUUCGGAGACCCGGGUCCAGGACACCAAUGUUCAUAAUGUGAUUUCACUAGUGGAUAAAAGUAGUAAGCUAGAAGAAAUGGCUCAACUUACGAGUUUGAGUCGUAACGAGCGUACACGUGGUAGUGGCAGCAACAACCACGAUGACUGGACGCUUCCAUCGGUCGAUGGCCUGCACUCUGGCACGUCUGCCAGCUACAUCGAAAGUAGCAUCGAAAAUUCAAGUCACUCGUCGUCACAGCGCUCGCCAAAACGCCACAGUCCAUCGAUGUACGAGCGCGUCAAGUCCAAAGUCAGUCGUUCGUUAUCGAAUGGCUCGGUCGUGCAAAAGAUCGGCAGCUCGAACACCGAUCCCGGAGCCGCGGCUCGUCCAACCAGUCUCAUCGUCGCCGAGAUGAGCCAGAUGCCGGCGGAAGAGGGUCUCUGGAGCUGCGACAACUGCACUCUCGACAACGACCCUGGACUGGAGCAGUGCGAGGCUUGCGAUGCGCCUCGGAGUCCCGCGCCCUGCAGCGGAGUCGUCAUCAGUGUACCUGCCUGGGAGCCACGCGCCCUAGCGUCGGCGGGGCCGUUGUCCUACAGAAGAUCUUUCUCGGACAUCGACUCGGUGUCGAGUGCGAGCCAACGCAAAGCGGCGAAUCGCCGGAGCCUGAAUGACGAUGAGCCCCCCGCGGUGCCACCACACUCGGCUGGCUUCAAUAGCUCCCGGACCAAGUACUCGUACAUCGGUAUCACAGAUCCGGAUCCGGACGUGCCACCACCCCUGCCCAGAAAGCAGAGUUCUAGGUCUUCGGCUUCCGUGAGCCAUCAACAGCAUGUAAGAAGUGAGUCGACUCGUCCCACUACCAGGGACCACUCGUUUAGCCUGCUCAAGCGCAUGUGGACCUGCCGCAAGUGUUCAUACGCCUAUAACCCGCCCUGGUCGUCAGGCUGUGAUAUCUGUAGCUCCUCGAGAUCGCCCCCGUCGCUCGCCCAACCCAGUCUCAUCACUUUAACUGAUUCCCCCAACAAAAACGGAUCGAGCACUCGCAACCAUCUACAAUCGCCGAUUGCGAUUUCGCGUGACAGUGUGCGCUACAUACCACGAGCGACAUUGGCCACAGCCGAGUCCGAUCUCGAGGAUCAGGUGGAUCCACCGACCCCGGGUUCAACUAGCUCGACCAGCUUGACGUCUACCACUGCCUUGUGGACCUGCAAAAAGUGCACUUUAGUUAAUCCGUUGUCGCGCUCGACGUGCGAAGCUUGCGGUGGCUCGAAACUUCGCAGCGUCAGCUGCCAUCUCGAAGACCCAACGCUGCGCAAAGGCGAGUCCUGGGUCUGUCCGUCGUGCACACUGCGUAAUCCUCUUUCCGCGCCAGUGUGUAAUGCCUGCAAAAACUCGUCGGAUCUUCUCGAACUGCCCAGGGACAGUAGAAUCACGCCGAAUCAUCAUCAACAGGUUGGCCAGAGGAGUCCCAGUCCUAGAUUAGCUAGUGCAGUUACUGCGCCAGUUGCCAGCCCCAUGCAGAAGAUCGUGACUCCCAGACAUAGGAAUUCCGUGAGAAAAAACGGGUCGGCUGGUUCGGCAACCGGCGCAUCGAGUGCGGUUAGCAUAACUGAAAAAAAGCAUUCAAAGAACAAAGAUUCCAACAACGCGCAGGUGUGGCAAUGUAAAUUGUGCACGUACGAAAACAAGAGCUCAAGCGUUAACUGCGAGAUGUGCCAAAGUUCCAAGAGUUUAUCGCAGAUGGUGGGUGACAGGCCCAGGCUCCAUCACGAGCCAAUUACCAGCACACUCAGGAUACAGCGUCAGGAGAGUGUGGUCAUGGAAAACCUGCGGCAAAUCGAGGAACGAGAGGCUCUCGAGAAGUGGGAGAGAAUAGUUCGAUACUGCAAAGAGACGAACGAACCGUUCGUCGAUGACUCGUUUCCACCGGCGCCAAAGUCACUCUACUACAAUCCAGCAGAGACAAAGGACAAUCACGUAGUGCAGUGGAAGCGGCCGCAUCAGAUAAAUGUCGACUCGAGCAUCGACGCCGAUCUACCGUGGGCUGUGUUCCGAACACCCCUGCCCUCUGACAUAUCGCAGGGCGUCCUUGGCAACUGCUGGCUGUUAUCAGCCCUGGCUGUGCUCGCCGAGAGCGACGAGCUCGUAAGACGCGUACUCGUGAUGCGCGAGACAUGUCCCGAGGGUGCUUAUCAAGUCAGGCUGUGUAAAGACGGCAAGUGGACUACCGUACUGGUGGAUGAUUUGCUGCCGUGCGACAAGCGUGGUCAUUUAGUGUACUCACAGGCAAAGAGAAAACAACUGUGGGUGCCGCUCAUCGAAAAAGCCGUGGCCAAAAUCCACGGCUGCUACGAAGCACUGGUCUCGGGUAGGGCGAUCGAGGGUCUGGCUACGUUAACCGGAGCUCCGUGCGAGAGUGUGCCUUUGCAGCCGUCAGCGCUGCCUAGCGAGGAUGAGCUCGACAAAGAUCUGAUCUGGGCGCAGCUAUUGUCGUCGAGGCAGGCUAUGUUUUUAAUGGGUGCAAGCUGUGGCGGUGGUAACAUGAAGGUCGACGAGGAGGAAUAUCAGAGGAAGGGCCUCAGACCUAGACACGCAUACUCGGUGCUGGACGUGCGCGAUGUGCAAGGUAUCAGACUUCUCAGACUGCGCAAUCCUUGGGGUCAUUAUAGUUGGAAGGGCGACUGGUCGGACGACAGUUCCAUCUGGACGAUUCAGAUGCGUGAGAUGUUGAUGCCACAGGGUGCCUCGGACGGUGUCUUUUGGAUAUCAUUUGACGACGUGCUCAAGUACUUUGAUUGCAUCGACAUUUGCAAAACACGGGUAGGCUGGAGCGAAGUUAGACUGAGAGGUACACUGCCGCCGUUGUCAUCCCUCAGACAUCUGUCCUGCGUUCUUUUGACCGUUCUUGAGCCUACCGAGACUGAGUUUACGUUGUUUCAAGAGGGACAAAGAAAUUCCGAAAAGUCGCAACGUUCACAGUUAGAUCUCUGCGUAGUCGUAUUCAGGACUCGUUCACCAGCUGCACCAGAAGUCGGUAGACUGGUGGAGCACAGCAAGCGCCAGGUACGCGGCUUCGUUGGCUGCCACAAGAUGCUAGAGCGUGACCUCUACAUUGUAGUCUGCCUGGCCUUCAAUCAUUGGCACACGGGUAUGGAGGAUACCUCGAGUUACCCAGAAUACGUGCUCGCGAUACAUAGCUCGAAACGAUUGCUCGUAGAGCAGAUAUCGCCACCAGCUUUCGUGCUUGCUGAUGCAAUCAUUAGUCUUACCCUCGCAAAGGGCCAGAGGCAUGAGGGUAGAGAAGGCAUGACUGCUUAUUAUUUAACCAAAGGUUGGGCAGGUUUAGUCGUAAUGGUUGAGAAUCGCCACGUCAACAAGUGGAUUCACGUAAAGUGCGACUGCCAUGAAAGCUAUAAUGUUGUGUCUACGCGAGGACAACUUCGAACUGCUGACAGCGUCCCUCCUCUUCAUAGACAAGUGAUAAUAGUGUUAACUCAACUCGAGGGUAGUGGCGGCUUUUCGAUAGCUCACCGACUGACCCAUCGGUUGGCUAACAGUGGACACCUGCACGACUGGGGUCCACCUGACACCGAGCAUUGUCCUCCCAUUGACACGCAAGUCGAGGGUCUUCACAGCCCACGUCUCAUAACUUGAGGGCCUAUUCGUUCGACGUUGUUGUUGUUGUCUGCACAACAUUUCCCUCUCUUUGCUGAAUCUCUCGAGGUGGGAGCUAUUAUGAUACCAAAGUUUUUAUUUUCAACGAACGCACUUGCCAAAGGUCAUUCCCGUUCCCAUGUGUGCUAUUCUCGCGUUGUGUAGUAGGUGUUUCGUAUUAGUUAUCCAGCGCGGGAAGUACAACUGCGUGAUUGUAUUUUUUCUUCUCCUUUGAGGUAGGGAAAACAAAUAAAUACUUUGAGUAUUUUCUUUUUUAUAAAAAGCUAAUCUUUCACUUUGUCUCUCUAACGAAUGGACAAAACAUGUCCGUUCUUCUCUUUUCUGCGUUGCACUUGUAUAUAAGCACAAGGUCGGUUGCAGUAGCAAAUUUUUCGAGGACGUAACAAUAUUGCAAAACAUACAGACAUUCAUAGUGAGCGAGGUUGUACGAUGGAAUUUUCGCGCAAACUAGGCUCUUACGUUUAAUGUAUACAAUAAAAAAAAAAAAAAAAAAUUAUUUUCUCAACGUAACGUGUAAUUGUUGCAAGUAUAAGGAGGGUAAAAAUAAUCGAAAAUAAAACAACUCCCAGAAAAUGAAACUAUUCUUCUUCUCCUCUUGUUUGGUAAAACUGUGAAUUAUGGGCAAAGUAUAGUGAAAAAAAAUUAUGGUAAGUGUACGUGUUGAAAAUGAGGUGUGAACUAGAAGUAAAAUACGUUUUAGUACAGUUGUAAUCUAUUUAAAGUAGUUGGAUAAACAAAGAAAGGCUUUAUCUUCAAAAUAAAUUUUAUAAUCCAAACAUUUCAAAGAGAAAAAGAGUUAAACCGUACAUAUUAAUGUGCAAACUUUCAAGUUCUUGUGAUUUUUAAACAAGUAAAUAUUUAAAUAGAUGUUUAGUCUUGAAAUGAAGUGACUGGUUGAUAUAUUUUGCAAAAAAGUAAUAACUCUGAAAUACAAAAAAACAUAUGCUAAAAAUGGAACUAAGUUGUAGUCAAAUCAAACGUUACUUCUUCACAAUAAAGAGUAAAAAAAGUUGGUCUUGAACAUUUUCACUGCCAAAAUAUAUCCAAAUGAACAAUACUUAUUGAAUUAAUAAUUCCGAGUUGAGUGGACUAUAUUCAGUUUAAAAAGAAUUAUGUACAAAUAUUUUGGAUCUUAAAAAAAAUAUAAUAUCUAGUCAAAUAUAGUUGGAAAACACACUCCAAUAAAGUAUGUUGUUAAAUAACUUUUGAAUCUCAUUGCAAAAACUUGAGCCACUUGUAGAAUGAAUAUAUUUGAAUGUUUGAGAAAACAAAUAUAAUUUUACAAAGCCCUUGAUAAACAAAAUUAUGGCCCAAAAACUUCCUAAAAUUAACCUUUUUGUGCCUGUCCAAAAGAAACUUUCAUCAUGAGUAUUUUUUUCCGGUUAUAAUUUCUGUUGAUAUUUUGAUAUUAAAUGCACAAACACUUUGAAUAUGAUAUUGCCAAGUUUAAUUAAUUUUUUUACACAUGAUUUCUUAAAUUUAUUUUUUAGCUGCCGUAGAUUAUUAAGUUUAGUAAUUAAGUGUUGAAGAUAAUUUUUACUAUAUUGAAAUAAAGACAUAUUUUCAAUUGCAUUUGAAACUCACUACAACUAUGUGGAUAUACAGUGAAUGUAUUUGAUGUUGUAUAAAAAAUUUGUAACAUUUAAAAAUUGAAAAUUUUAAUUGCAUUUUGUAUACAUGUGUGCAGGGAUUU